GGUCAAUUGACCCACACCAAUGGCUGUUGCUACGCCACUGGAUUUUAGGGUUUAAGAACCUCAGUUCACUAAAAUCUCAAUACUGAAACAAAUUAGAACUCUUUCAGUAGCUCAAGCAUAACGAAAAUGCUGCCGAGAUGGAGCAGAGCUGUUACCCGUUUGAGUAGGAUUAACGCACAGAAGUACAUGGAAAGGGGAAAUUUCUGUGCUUUAUGGAGUCGAGGGCAUUCAAAGUUUGCAGCGGUAGCUGCAGAAUCCACCCAGAAAAGUUGCGACACUAAAACUGAGGUAAAUUUAAAUAAGAUGUUUUGGUCUAAACCUUCUUCACUAGCUUUGCCCCCUGGUUCGCCACAAAGGAUAGAAGAGCCACAAUAUGAGGGUAUCAAGCACUUUAUCCUCAAAUUGAUGCUGUUUUACAGUAAACAAAGCACAGCCAUACGAGGGGCAAAUGCUAUGUACUGCCGCAUUACUCGUCAAGUUGAUAGACAUGCUAUAUAUGACGUAUUUAGCUUGGAAAAAACAUUUAGAACAACAUUCUCCUUGCUUGUACUUCAUAUGUGGCUAUACUUGCGUCGCUUGAAAGAAGAAGGAAAGGAUGGGUCUGAGCUGGGACAAUAUUUGUAUGAGAUAUACAAUCAUGAUCUGGAAUUGAGAGUUUCUAAGGCUGGGGUCAACUUAUUGUUGAGUAAAUGGAUGAAGGAAUUAGAGAAGAUAUUUUAUGGAAACAUUGUAGCUUAUGAUGCUGCCAUUCUUCCUGAGGCAAAGCAGGAUGAGUUGCCAAAUGUGAUUUGGAGGAAUGUAUUCUCUGAUGAUGACACAUUAACACCUGAUGGUCCUGCCUUGCUUCCUGUCCAGGCUAUGUCAAGGUAUGUUCGUCGAGAAGCCAAGUGUCUAUCAUUGACAGAUAAAGCCGCUGUGUUUUCUGGGAACUUCAUGUUCACCUCGUUGGAAGGAAUAAAAAGCUGAUUCCGUUAGUGGGUAGAGCAUUGAAAACGAGAUCGAGAUCAUCAGCAUCCUAUGGAAUUAUGAUGUUAUGCCAUUCACAGUAUAUUUCGAGGUCCCUGUUUGCAGCAUAUUGAAGGAAGCUUACUGAAUUACAUAGGCAAGAAAUACUACAAGGUUCCCUAUCUCCUAAUUUUACAUGAAAGAUAUUUCUCAGAUUUCAUUAUUGGGAAUAAUUUGUUGGCUCCUUUAUCUCAACCUUGCAAAAUUUUAUCAGAAAAUGUAAGAUUCUUUUGACAAGUAUUCAUUGUAGUACAUGACAUAAACAAUGCUUUGAUGUAUAUUAUCACAAGUUUGAGGACUUGAGUUAUUAGCCCUCUAUAA